AUGGUAUUAUUGUCUGGUCUCUCAUCACUCGCCCGAGAUGAGAGGGUCAUACUAGUCGGCAUCGGCCUGGCCACGUUUGGCAUCGUGAGCACCAUGAUGGCGGCCCUUACCAUCAUCCGCGACGAUACUACACUACCGCCAUCGCAGCCCAAGGCGCGUUACAUCACACAGGAGACAGAGGACUCUCUUGAGGUGGAAACGCUCGAGAGGCUCGUAGAUCAUCCGAGCUACUCCAUCCGCGACGUUUCCAUCAAGAUCCUCUGUGACCGGGCCAUCAACGACCCCGAAGUCAUACAGACGUUGCUGUAUGGCGUCACGCGCCCCGACUACGAUGAACGGAUGCGAUCGUUACGGGCGCUUGCCCUUCUGACAAGUUUCGAUGAGUUGUCUAUUCUCCAUCGACCUCAGACAUACUCCGCUCUCGUGAGGUCUCUCGAGCUGAGCCUUGAUGAUGUUCCACGGCCUAAACUGGAUGACCCCCACUGGGACGAGUACUACCUCCGGGACGUAGCCGAGAGGUUCUGCCUCAUGUUCCUCCUAGAUCUACUGAACAAGAACGACGCCGGUCUGCUCGUCAAGGCCAAGUUUGUCGAGAAGUGGCUAGCCAAGCAGGACUGGGGCGACAGCCCAGCAGAGAGGCGAAAGCUGUUCUCGGAGUACAUGGAUCAUAAGAACAACAGAAUUGUUCACAUCGUGGGCCGGAUCAGACACACCAAGGGCGGUCUCAAGGCACUUCAGAAGGAAGGGCUGAUGGACGCAAGCCGCGCUAGGCGCCAGCGACAGGAACUUCCAGAUGUCAUCAUGGAGCUGGAACCCGUGAUCCUGCGGGAAUCAGUCGAGGUACUGGAGUCGCUGGUCCCUCGGACACGUGAGCAGUCAGUAGAGGAGCAAAGACUUCGCCGCCAACACCGCGAAGCCAUGGUCCUGAAUGACGGAACGCGACCGUUUGGACGGGAGGACAUAAUCGAACGAGACCAUGACACCAUUGACUAG